AUGAACCUCAAGGAGAGUGCGGAUGCGGCUAGGCGCGUUGGGGUGCAACCACCUAGGCUCGCAAGCUUCAAGCCGGACGAUUGGGUGUCGCUAAGAGACGCGGUGGCUCUCUACGAUACCACCUACCUAGAGCAUGACCACGCCUUCCGUCUCAUCCUCCCGCAAAAGAAGCAGUACCUCUUCCAGGUCAGCUCGGAAGACGAGCUGAACGAAUGGAUGGCACUUAUCAACUACGCCGCGAGCUUCAAGACCGCCGGCGUGCGCAUGCGCUCUGCGGGGAUGACAAGUCGCCAGCUGGGGCUCGCCGCGCUCGCUGCAGCAGAGUCGCACGUGCGCGAAGUGAGAUCCGUGAGCGGUGCCAGUUCGCCCGCCCACCUCAGCAGAGUCGUGUCACUGGACGAUACCCCUCCGACAGCAUCACCAGGAGAGCUUACACCCGUCGAGUCCGGGACGGACAGUGCUACUGCCGUGUCCAACUCACCUUCCUUACCCUCGCUCCCAGAUCCGGCAGACCAGCUGGAAGCAACUUUCAGGGAGAUCAAAGCAGAACUAGCGGCUAUUCGGCCCGUA